ACAUAUUGCAUUCAUUUAGUAGAAUUCUAAUGACAUCAAUUCAAUUAUUCUCCUUCUCAUUCCUCUUCCUUUUUAUAACUACUAUCUCUAUAGUCGCCGCCGGCCGCCACCACCACCAUGCCCACCACCUACGCCUCUAUGUCCACAACAACACGGCGGUGCUAUCAGUGAACCUCCACAAGCCCCGCAACUUCGGCGACCUCGUCGUCUUCGACAAUGUCCUCCGAUUGGGGCGCCACCCGAGCUCCCCGCUAGUCGGCUCGAUGCAGGGCCUCGGGGUUUCCUCUGACAUCACCGACGCCACCUCCACGACCAUGUUCAACAUCGUGUUCACCGGCGGCCAGCACAACGGGAGCUCAAUCGCCGUGUUCGGAGUGUUCCGGUCGGCUGACACUUCGGACUGGAGCAUCAUCGGCGGCUCCGGCGAGUUCCGACAAGCGAGGGGCUACGUGCUGAAUAGACAAGUAGUCAACCCCACGACGACGAUGACAGCUCGGAUGGAUGCUUACGUCACAUUUUACUAAUGAAUAAUUAGUUCACUUAAUUAUAUAUUAAUUAUCAUUACUUUGUCAUAAUAAGCUGCAUCAUGCAUACUUUAAGCUACAUAAGGAUGGGGAGUGCGAUUUGUUAAGUGUAAUAUAUAGUUUUGCUUGCUUACCAAUUAGUUUCAUUUA